CAUGCCCCUAAUAUCCUCCGAUCCAUCAAAUCACAAUCACAGCGGCCGCCAUUUUAAACCAACCCCACCAUCUUCAUCUCCUCAACUUCGACAACCCCAUAAACCCUAAUCUCCCCAUCAAAAUGUCACAGAAAGAACCACAAAUCAUCAGAAACAAACAAGAAAUGAGAAACUGGUCAAGAUCAAUGCGAGCCCAAAACAAAACAAUCGGAUUAGUCCCAACAAUGGGCUACCUCCACCAAGGCCACCUCUCCCUCAUCACAGAAGCCCAAAAACACACCCAACUCACCGUCGUUUCAAUCUACAUAAACCCGGGCCAAUUCACCAUCAACGAAGAUCUCUCCACAUACCCAUCUGACUUCCAAGGCGAUAUCAACAAACUCAAAUCACUCCCCAACGGUGUUGAUGUUGUUUUUAAUCCACAAAACUUGUAUGAUUAUGGGGUUGAAACAGGGGAAUUGGGUGUGGGGAAUGAAGGGGGUGUUGUGUGUUGUUUAGAGGGUGCGGGGCAUGAGACAUGGGUUAGAGUUGAGAAGCUGGAGAAAGGGAUGUGUGGGAAGAGUAGGCCUGUGUUUUUUAGAGGGGUGGCUACUGUUGUGGCUAAGUUGUUUAAUAUUGUUGAACCGGAUGUUGCGGUUUUUGGGAAGAAGGAUUAUCAGCAGUGGCGGGUUAUUCGACGGAUGGUUCGAGAUCUUGAUUUUGCUGUUAAAGUGAUUGGUUCUGAGUUGAAGCGAGAAGAAGAUGGCCUGGCAAUGAGCUCCCGCAACGUGCAUCUUUCACAACAAGAGAGGGAACAGGCCUUGUCGAUAAGCCGGGCUUUAUUUGAAGCCAAAUCAGCUGCCAAAAAGGGCAAUAGCAAUUGCAGUAAGUUGAGAAGAUCAGUGAUCGAAAGUAUAGAAGCAGCCGGUGGAAAAAUAGAUUAUGUUGAGAUUGUGGAUCAAGAAAGUCUAGAAACGGUUGAAGAGAUCAAGGAUGGAGUUGUGGUGUGUGUUGCAGCAUGGUUUGGGAAGGUGAGGUUGAUCGACAACAUUGAAAUUGAUGCGUCGUAGUACUCACGAUACGUGAAAAUAAUUGUUGUGAAAUGUUAAAUUUCAUAUACAUUGGCUUUAAAAUCAAAAUAUUUAUUAUUGAUAAAAGAAAUUUAAUUGUAAAGUGAGAAA